AUGAAGAGAGGAAAUCUCGCAGUCGUCUCUCUCCCGUCGCACCCCCCGCCCCCGCAGCGCCGCGACCGCACCUUCAUCCCGGCCCCGGCACCGCGGUCGGUCCGCAUCUACGUCGUGUUCUACUCCACGUACGGGCACGUGCGGCGACUGGCGCGGGCGGUGCAGCGCGGGGUGGGGUCCAUGCCGGGCGCGCUGGGGAUCCUGCUCCGCGUGCCGGAGACGCUGCCCGGCGCCGUGCUGGCCCGGAUGGGCGCGCUGGAGGCCGCCGCGGAGAUGGACGCGGAGGGGAUCCCCGUGGCGGACCCCGGCGGCCUCCCCGCGCGGUACGGCGCCAUGGCCGCGCAGAUGCAGGCCUUCUUCGACUCCACCGCGCCGUUCUGCCGCGGCCAUCGCCUCGCCGGCAAGCCCGCCGGCUUAUUCGUCAGCACCGGCACCCAGUGCGGCAGCCAGGAGACCAACGCGUAG